CUCGCAAGAAAAAACGCUACAAACGUCCGAAAAAGUCAAAGUGGAGCGCCGGUAUCAUCAAGAAACCAAAGAAAAAGAAGCCAGCGACCCCGGCCUCGUCCUCCUCCUGCUGCUCCUCCACGUCCAGCAGAGGCAGCUCGGAGGAGAACGUCAGAGCGGUGAACGGCUCGCUCACCACGUCUGACAGCAGCGACGCGGAGCUCCUGACCGUGAACGGCUUUCACCUGAACGGCGGCUCACGCGCUCAAAAGAAAGUCCUCGUGAACGGGUACCACCGUCCCAAACCGGCCGGCAGAGUCCCACCACGCAGGCUUCGAACCUCAAAGACGAACCCGAGGGUGAACCGGGCUCGUCUGAGCACAGUAGGAGAGAAAAAGAGGCGCGAGAAGACGGCGAGCAUGGCCGCCUUGGAGCAGAUGCAGCUGUUCAGCAGAGACAGAUGUGUGGAGAUCCUCAACGAGAAAACGCCACCGCUGGUCGUCGAUCGCAGCAAACUGAAGGAUCUCCUCAGCAGAGCCGUGUCAAAAACAGACGGCGCCGAGGUGGAGCCGCUGGAGAAGCUGUACGCUCUGCUGGCUCAGUGCAUCUACAAACAGAGGAACAACUACAACAAGACGGAGCUCGUUCAGGUACGACCGGCACACCCAGGCACACAGCCGGCGUCCACUCAGCACAUCUGAUGUGCAGUCAUGACGCCUUCAUGCCGGAGCGAGCCGAGGCCGCAGGCUGAGUGAUCUCGGUUUGUCCGUCUGUCUCAAUGUCGUGAACACGAUAUCUCGAGGACACCCUGAGGGAAUUUCUUCACAUUUGACACCAACAUCAGACUAAAUGAUGAGCGUUCCCACGGGAUACGGGGUCAGAAGGGAGUGGCGUUUUUAAAAAAAGCACUCUGAAAACGGCUUUCAAAAGAUUGCAUUUUCAGGCCCCUGAAACGGCGUUAUCGUGUGAGCGAAAGGCCAAACCGCAACACAAAGUUUGACAUGAAUGAACUUAACAGGUGCGCAGAGGCGUGAAACCACAUGGCGAUAUAUCUAGUUGUUUCUUUUUUUAAUGCACAGCUUUCCCAGAAUGCACUGAAGACACGGCGUCAAAUGUGUUGAGUGUCACUUUAAUUCAGAUAUUUAUAUAUUUAUUGUCACUUUACAAGUACAAUGAAAAUGCUGAUGGAGCAAACCUGUA